UUUUCCUUUUGAGAGGUAAAUAAAACUGACUGGAAUUUUUCAGUUGAAACGUUAUCAUUUGGUACACAUGCAGUGCACACUAGUCCCGCUCGCUUCUUUUUUCCUGCCCACUUUCUUUGGACAUAAAAGUAUCAGCAAAAGACACAAGAAACUGGAAGAAUCCAUCCACCAUCUUGGGGAAAAAAGGGGCGCCUCCUUCAUUUUUUCAAAAAGCUCGGAUGAGAAACUGGGCUAUUUUUUCUUGGCCUAAAAUGAGUAUGCUUUUGUUCCCUACACAUGACUCAGGCAGUAGACUCUACUGUGUGUAGUUUUUAGAUUCUGUUGGAUUCAGCAGGCUUCAUCUUAAAUCUCAUCCUUUGGCAACUGUUGGACACUGUUACAAUUAUCAGGGGUAGUAGGAAACAAUGACAGGGGAGUGGGGGAGGGCCAUGGGGAACCCUUGAGCAGUUUACACUGUCUCCUCUCCAACUAAAGAUGGCUGAGUGGCUUUAUGAUGUAUUGUUCAGAGUCUGAAGUGUUUUGGGCACAUUGUGUUCAUGGACUCCCUAUAAACCCAAGUAGUCCAUACUACAAGACUGGACUGGGAACAUAACCAAUUAAGCUGUAUACAAUACGGUAUCCGAAAUAGCAUCAUUAGGCAGUCACAGUUCAGUGAACCAGUGCAGACUGUGGUCACCAUGUAGGAUUUCUUGCUGCUUUUGCUUCUGCUCAAUACUGUGUAGUCACCUCCAUUUGGUGGUUAUCGCGCAUGGACUGUGUUGUUGAGAAGGUUUUCAGCAGGUAGUUCUGCAUGCCUUUCUGUAGCAGGUUCUCAAAGUGACGAUGUCCAGCAAUAUUCAUCUUGAGGUUGCAUCAAACCAGCUGCGGCAAGAUCUGUCUCAGAUUGUUGAUAAUUUCACCUUGCUGGAUAUCUUGAGCAAAGAGGAGCAGGAAUUGGUCUUGGAGACGAAGAUCAGUAGCAUUAAGAGGAAGAAUGAGGAAAGAAUGCGCAGACAUCAGGAAAUCGAAGAAGAUAAACUGCAAGCAUCACGCGAAGGUAGCACAGUCUCAAGCCCCUCGUCACUAAUGAGCCAAACACCCCCUCCAGACCAAACCAUGAACUCCCCUGUACAGCAAUCAACCAGUCCGUCAUGGGACAGUGGGGCUGCAUCACUAGCAUCAUCCAUUGACAAACACGGGGAGGAUAGCAGUGGCGGAUGGGACCAAGGAAACACAGGAUGGAAGGAUGCGUGGGAAGGAGAGAGGGGAACAGGGAGUGGUGGAGCCAAACGAAGACAAGAUGCUCCUCAGCCUACAGAGCCCAGCUCAGUCAAGUCUCACACUGAGACAGUAGAGAUUGACCUGCACACUGAAGGCAAAGGGCUGGGCUUUGGGGUCAUGAACUUCCCUGGUAUCGGUGUGACAGUCAAAACCAUCUUGCCUGAUGGAGUAGCUGGAAAGGAUGGACGUUUACAUUCAGGUGAUCUGCUGCUCCAAAUUAACGACACAAAUGUGGAAGCCAAGAGCCUGAAUGAGGUCUACGCCAUCCUGAAGCAGUGCCAAGGAGACGUCAGGCUGGUCGUGUCGAGAGAAAUUAUGGAGGUAUCAAGAGGACCACCCAGCCAGAGAAGAGAAGGUCAACGAAGGGGUCCUCCGAAGGACACAUCAUCAAGACCAAAAAAAGAGGCUUUGCUGGUGACAUUUCAGAAUGACAGGAUGGAACGGGAGCCCAAGGUGAAACGCAAAGUGGUGAUGCGUGGUGGCAACCAAGAGGAUCUGACCAUUUCUGUGGAGACUGAGCCCAGUAAACCCAUAGGACGUGGGAGCAGGGGACGGGGGCGGACGGUGAGGGUGAGCAGAGAUGAUGUCAAGAGAAAGGACUUUGAAGAAAAACGGAAGGAGAAUUUUGAUCGAGUGGAGGCGGAGAUAGCAGCACUGAGAGAAGCCCUGGAGAAUGAGAAAGCAGCUGGCACUGUCAACCCCCCAUCCAAAUCAGUUUAUAGUUUCCUUGACGACCCCUCACGCUACGGAGCAGACCCUCAACAGGAGAGACCCUCCAGGGGCAAUCGUCAGGAUAGAGGUCGACGGAAUCAACGCAGCAGAGGAGGUCUGGAUGGUGAGAAUGCUGCAGGAAGGAGAAAGGACCAACGCGGUAGAGGGGGCUCUAACCACGGCCAGAGGGGGGCGGACCUGAAUGCAGAAACCACCGUCACAAUGACGGGCAAGGAAAGACAUGAAUACGAAGAAUGGAAACGAGAACGGGAGAAGAUAGACCAGGAGAGAAUACGGCGCCACCAAGAGGCCACGACACGCCAGGAAACGCGAUGGAAACCUGAAGAUGAUCGGGAUACGGAGAACAAGGCAACAGACAAUCAGCAGGCAAGCCAAGGAGAGAUGAGAAUUGGUCACUGGGAGGCCACAGAUUCUGUCCCACAACAGAGAGAAAGGAGAACUGGUGGUAGUCACUUUGAACAUGAUGACCGCAUGGGAGACCAACGUUCCCAGCAUAACAGUCGUAUCGGCAGUGGACGAUUCACACCUGACAGUAAUCAGCGGGGACGUGGAGGUGGGCGGGGUUUGUAUCAAGGUGGGCGGGGUCAGGAUCAAGGUCGGCGAGGUCGUGGUGGGUACGACCGUGGAGGGAGUCGCCCAGGCAGGAGAUCGGGACCGAGUGAUCGAGAGCUGUCACAGAUGGAUAUACGGACUCUGACAUCACCCCAGCAAGAAUCAGAGAAGAGCUUUCAGGAGUCGCCGAUUGGACAAUGGCAGCCGACAUCUGGAGAGGACUGGGGUGUCAAAGACACGCCCCCUCCUGUCAAACAAGAGGGAGGGACAUCACAAGAUAUAGCAGACAAGACGGAGAGUCUACACAUUGGUCCGUUACCCAGUCCAUCAGGAGGGGAUGAUUGCAAAUCGCCUCUCAGUCCGUUGUCUCCGUUCACGCCGACGGGACACACCUUCCUGACUGAUUGGGCAGCUGAAACAGAAGCCAGGUCUGCCCAAGGCUUUGACUUCCAAGCUGACCUGGUUUAUAGCAAUUCCAACACCCAGCAAGGAUCUUGAUUGUUGAAUAUGUUGAAGGUAAUCACAGCUUGCAUGAUGUGCCUAAUGUUUCAAAUCUUUGAAUGAAAUUUUUUUGUACAAGCGCCAAAUUAUAGAAUUUUUGUAUAGACCGUUUGUCUUUUUGUGUGCAUUGUUAUAUGGACUCCAUGCGCAGGCACCACCUUGGAAGUGAAAUGCAAAACAUCACUGUUGAUGAGGGAUGCUGAACGUGGUUUUAUGUAAUGUCAUGAAAAUGGUUUUGAACUUGAAACUAGAGCUCUCGCUUAUAGACUGGUAUCCGUGCCUUCAAAGUCUAGAUUUAAUUGGAGGGACAGGGAACCAGCCAACUUAAAUCUUAUUGUGAGGCUAACCUUACUUUCCCCGGUAUGCAUUCUCAAGUGCAAAGGGAUGAACAGCACAUGUGAACCAGUGAAAUGUUCGUGUUCUCCUACAGAGCCUUCCAACUUGCUGGACCGUGGAUUCCUUAGACUAUCUCUGAAAAUUUGCCAAAGGGCGCCGGUCCCAGUGUUUAUAACAACACAUGUGCUUCUCAGUGCACAUCUUGAAUGUAAGAAUGCCAGACUUUUGUAUGACAUCUUUGGUUGUGCAUCCGUGGCUGUGAUUGGCCCAGACAUCAUGUGGGCAAGGCUUAACAACUUAGUUAUCUGUUAGACAUGAGACACUCAUCUACAUAUUCGCACAAAUCAUCACAAUGUGACUUGGAAGGCAAGUCAGAACAGAAACACGCAAAUCAUCGUAGCCAACGUUGCCACGCUGUCUGUUUUUGCCUCAAAAUGGAGCAUGUAAAAAUAUCACUACUAAACAUACAUACCCGUAUCAUACACUAACCAAGCCACUACAAUUAGAGAUCAUUAACCCUAACCCCCUUGAGUGAUUUACUAGGAACCUUCCUCACUCUUGCAAAACCCAACACCAUAUGGUAAACUCUACACCCAAACUGUUGGACUCUGAUUAUGUUGGUAUGCCGGACACCAUGUAAAGUCAGUUUACUAGUGCAGUACUCACAAAACAUGCAGUUGGAUUUUGAAGGGUUGGGGUAUUUAGGGUUGAUGAGGUGGCACCACAAGUUUGUAUGCAUUCCUAAAUUUGAGGUGUGUGUGUAUUUCGCCAACUUAUCAGCACCUUUUUGUUCACAUAUAAGCAUUGAACGCACAAAUGUUACAUGUACAAUGUACAUGUAUGUAAGAUACAUGUAAGACUUUUUUUAAUGUCAUUUUGACCAAUCGCUUUAUAAAUGGUUGCAUCAAUUUGUGCUCACUAUGCAAAGUCACUAGUAAUUUCACCCAUUGCAUCAAGCAAUCAUUGCAUGACAAGUGUGACAUACCCAGCCAAAAAAAUGUAAAAUUGCAUAAAACAUGACUAACAAGCAUAAUCGCUAAAAUCAGCACGCUGCUGUAUAAUAUGAUACUUCAGCUUAAAAUGCUUAAUAUGCAUGCAUGGAAUUCUUAAUGGAAUAAUCAACUUUUAUCAAGACUAAUUCUACUGGAAGUAAUUUCAUGCAGGGUACAAUGUCCUCCUAGUGGCUCCUUUUAUUCUCCAGUCCUUUGACAAAAAUCCUUUACACUGGAACGGAUUUUUAAGUUUGCUGUUGGUGAAAUUCCACAGAUUUAUAUUUUUACUUGUCUUUUAUCCAUUAAGCUCGUAUCUGUCAAUAUGCUUGAAGGCGCAACAAUAAUUAAUGCUUGAGGAAGAUUGGGGAUUUGAAAGAUACUACCUAAUGGUAUUUGGAGGAUUGUCAGAUGGCGCUGAUAAUACUUAGCCUGGACACCAUACCAUUGCUGAAGACAAUCAAAUUCCGUAAACACCUACUACACUGCUAAUGGUUUGGUCAACUAGGCUAUCUCAACUUAAAUGUGAGCUGAGCUUUGGUACCAUCAAAGUGUGUGUAUCCGGGGAGAAAAUGGUUCUCUGAUGGUAUGGUUUCCAGGCUACCGCUUGCAUCCUGAGACGUGCAGGUGUGCAUCCUUCAGUGGAAAUGUAGCUUGGAAACCAUACACAUUGGUGAUUGAGAUGACAACCAAAGACAUUUUUGUUGUCAAAAGCUGUAACCAUGAAGCAUAACUGAUAACGCUUUUGUAGUGCGCAUUCUUAAUGGACUCCACAUGGAGUCAGGUGCGUGGCCUUGGUAUGUGAUUACUAAUGGAUUAAUGUAAGUCAUGCCAUUUGACACAUUCAGAUCAACACCUCGUUGAUUCCGUUGCCCUCGAUAUUUUCAACUCCUAACUCCUUGUGGAGUUUUGCUAGGAGCUUUCCAGAAUCCGCCAAAUUCCACCACUCUACACCAUAUGAUUGCAUCACAGACUCAUAAACAUCAUCACAGAUCACAGAAAAUGAUCUGUGACUGUCUUCCAAUGCUUUUGAGGCAUCACUUCAAGUUAUGAGUACCAGGGGUGUGAAAUCUCAGCUUUAAAGCUGAUUUCAGCUUUUUUUGUUUUGGAUUUCAGCUUGUUUUCAGCUUUAUUUUCCUCACUUGCUGUGUACAAAAGUAUAGGAGAUUUCCAAAGUUCAGCUUUUUUACACCUUUUUUCAGCUAUUUUUAUCAGUGCUCACUUACACCCCUGGAGUACGUGUGUGUACAUUGAACCUUGAGCCCUGGUGGUUAAGGUUCUCCAUUUCAAAUAAUAUAGAAUUCGAUUAUUCGAAACUGUGUUUGAUCGAAUAUUCAAAUAUUCAAAACUCACUCAAGUUUUGCACGCGCCAGCUGCAACUGCAUGCCGUGUUAAUCAAAAGUUGCACGUAACACGCACCAGUUAAAAUUUGCAUGCGGUGAUCAAUAUCAGGUCGCUGGACUGUUUUACAGUAAGUGUGUUAUAAUUGUCAAGAGCUUCAAUCUGCUAAACAAAAUUGGAACAGCAAACUACCAACGAUAAAAAGUUACCGUUGACCAAAAAAAAGUGACAAUAAAAGCGCUGCAACUUUACGAUUAAUAUAACAUCACAGGCUUGUGUGUACAUGUAUAUACAUGUACGUGGGGUUUGGGGGUGUUUUUUCCUUCAAAUAUUCAAACCGGUAAAAAGCUAUUUGAAUAUUCAGUUGUUGAUUGAGUAUUCGGGACAGCUCUAUUGGUGGUGAAAAACAAAACUGUAAAAAGGAUGUGAAUUGUUUCAUUCAUUCAAAAUCACUAAUGCAGUGCUACAUAUUAUUCCAUUAAGGAAAUUUAAAUUAAUACUCAAUAAACUUUGAAUUAUACUAGAGGCAGCCUAUUCAAGAGCACAAAACAUAAUCAAAAAAGAAUUUACGCAGAUAGAAAUAAGUGACUGAGGAGUGAAACGUGUUCUAUUUCCCAUGAAACCAUCCAAAAUUAUUUCUUUUUUUUAAUGCAAUUUUCUGUUCCAACUCUUUUGUAACUCAUUUCUUAUUCGCAACAUUCAGUAAGAUUAUGAAUAUGAAAGCAAUUUGUGUUUUUUUCGCCGAUUGAUAUUAUUUUCUGUAUAUUUUGCUGAAAUAUAAUGGUUUGCUAAUUUGGUUAACAUUUUGUAAUUUGAUCAUUAUGGAUUAUUUCAUUAAUUUCAAAUGUUGCUUUUCAGCUUGCAUUUUAAACUUUUUUUUUUUUUUUUUUUCGCUUGACAGCAUUUGCGCUAUUUUAUGGCAUAUUAUUGCGAUUGAUAUAGUUACCUCAUUUUUGUGAUGUUGUAAAGUGAUAGGCCCCCUACCUAUUAAUUUGCAUGACUCAGAUGUUAGACUUGAAGGGCAAUUAUUUGAUAUGAAAGUUUAACCUUGAGUAGACCUGUGAACGUGACUUCAUUUCCACGAUUUGUUUAUAAUAUUCACUGGACCUUCGACACUUUCAAAACCCCGGUUGGAGACCUUCCACUUACCAUCUUGAAAUUUAACGGGCACUGUAUGUUCAGUACGUUCAGAAGAGCUUAUCCAAGAACUUUCAGUGGUAUAGGAUCUGUCAUUCCAAAGAAAUUUGAGGGGAAAAUGGAGCCCAUACGAAUGUUUACUGUAGACAUUUUUUGAAAGUGCAGAGAUACAGUAUGAACGGAUCGUGGCUACAUGUACAUGUAUGUACUGUAUAAAGCCAGGUUCACGGUUCUCAACCUUGAGCCGAGAUGCCUGAACAUUCACUUUGAGUGAUAAAUUACUGGAUUAUAAUUAGAAUCAAUACCUAGCAUCACAAGGCCUAGCCUAAUGUUACUAAUGUUCGGCAAUCAUACUGAAUGAUUGUGUGAAGUACAUGAACAUUUUCAGUCAUAUUAUUGCAAGGUUUCUGUGUAUAUUGCUUCGUCAAACUAACAUUGACUCCCAAUUGAGAUAUAACCCCCUGUUGGGUAGGCCUCCGUGGGAUAUCAGCCUAAACGGGCCUCUGAUUGGUUGAUAGCAUUUAAGGUUGUCACAUAUAACGCUAAUCAUCGCGGGCUACCUGCGAUAUACAUGUAGCAUGGCAGGUCACACGCAUGACUGGAUGUCAUGGUUAACUUGUUAACUUGCAUCGUCUUGAUGUCAUCACAUCUGCCUGUGUGUGUGUUGGCAGCCGCGGCUAGCGGUCCAUGGUGAUAUGCACGCAUGAGCAGCCAAUAGGAACGCAGGACAUCAGGCCGAGUGGUUUGCUGUUUUCUCUGUCCAUAACACAGGCAUCUGAGAAAACUCUCCUGGUCCGGUGGACAGAAAUAGUCACUUAUAUUGGUUUACAUUGGUACAUUUUUGGUUGCACCUGGCUAUGCUUGGCUGCAUGUUAAGUCUUAAAGUAAAUACAUUCUGGUGACUCAUCACAAGGGCUGGUUUGUUGAAACAGAUGUCAAAACUAAAAUGUCUUUUAAUUCGAAAUGGAGGAGACAUGGAGCAGCUGUUGUAAGGGGUUUUCCAACAAGAUGAAUGAGAUCAAUAAUUGGCUGAUUGCUUAAAGCUGCUCUCUCAUGCAAUUUUCAAGUUUCACACACUCACACAAAACAUUUUAUUUUACAUUUUUUAAUUUCGUAGCAAUGUAAAAUAUUUAGUUUUGGAGAAUUUUACUUUUCAAAUUUUGAAUUAUCUGCGUCCCAACAAUAAUUUGGAGGUGUCUUUUGUGCCUUAUGGGUGCAAAAGUAACCAAAAUACCGUUAAAAGGUAUUUUUGUGGGUUGAAAUGUAAAAAAAAAAAAGUAGCUUUUUCCAUUUAAAUAAAACAAAACAAAACAAAAAUAAACAUGUUGAAGAGCACAGUUAUAGCAAGUUUGAUUUGGCAAACAAAUUAUAAGUACAUUUCAAGAAGAAGGGACAUUGACCAAUCCAAACGAGAUGUGCGCACUAAUUUGCUGUAAAUUGUGUACUAAAUGGAGUGGAUCACAAAUGCUUAUGAUUUCUAUGUCUGUAAGACAUCAUCAAUUUCAAUCGCCUGGUUUGAACUUCAUGCUCUAUUAGAGGAUUGUAAUGACAACCAUAUGACAACUGCAGACAAUCAUGCACAAAAAACAGCGGCUAUCUGGGCUUUUCUUAGAAUCGGAUAACAGAAGAGAUUUAAUGAUAUAUUUAUAGUGCCUUUAUGAAAAUGAAUUAUCGCACCGUGAUGCAUUUAAAAGCCAAUAGAAAUUUGAUAUCAGAUGAUUUCCUGUCAAAUUUUUAGAAAUAGAUUGUAACAAAAGCGACCAACUUUUAACGAUUGGAGGAAUGUAGUCCUCUGAAAAGCAAUUGCAUGGAAGGGUUCAACCAGUUUUUGGGAGAAACCCCUCCCCCAAAAAAUCCCCAAGCAAGAACUUCUGGUCUUUGAGAAAAAUUUGGCAUUUUUUUUCUUAAAAGAUUGCAUUAAGAGCAAACUUCACCAUCAGAAAUUCCAUUUCCAAUUGUUUGUGUUGAAUGAACAAAUAAUUGGUGUCUUUACCCACGUUAUCUUUGCCCUUCAUUCCCAAAGUACCAAAUGAAAUGUGACUUUUAAAAUUAUGUAUAAUUGAAAUGAUGUUCUUGCAAACCAAACAUUUGGCCUUGAGUAUAUUUGCAGGUAAUUGUGGAUGAAGCGUUGCCUUGUAAAAUCAGUUAAUGUCACCUGUUUUUUUUGGAUAACUUAUUAUGGUUAUGAAUAUUAAUCACUGUAAUGUACAACUACGGUAUACUAACUUGAGCAAAUAUUUUAAUAAUUAUAAUAAAAAUGGAUAUUUAUCAGCGCCAAAAUACGCCUAAAAAGACCCUCAAUUUUAAGUAAGGAUUUUCCUCUGCCAGUUAUUUGUGGACAACUGUUUUAUUGUGUAAUGUACUUUUGGCAUACUUUUACCAUUUUUAACAACUAUCAAACAGAUAUGAUGCAAUUGUGGAGAAAUUCAUUUUAAAGAUUUUUUUAUGAUGUGAAGUAUAUUAUAAUGUCAGCCAUAUUGGACAGCUGAUUAUGUAUAAAACCUUUACUUUUCCCUUGUUAUAUAUUUUAUGUGCAUUUGUGUUUCAUUUUUCAUGUCACUUUCAAGGCUAGGUUUUUUUUUUAGUUUUUGUUUCUUGAAGGGACAUAUCUUGAAUUUAUCCUUCAUUCAUAAGAUCUCUUUUAAAAUUCUUUUUGAUGAAAUCAUGAAAAUAACAACAUAUUUAUCAGUAUGUCUAACAACCUUUUACUUGUUCUCACCAUUGUGUGAAAGAUUCCAAAUUAGCAAGCACGUUGGUAAAAAAAAAUUUUUUUGUAAUCUGAUUUGUAUUCUCUGAGUUGAUGAAUACAUCCGAGAGUUACUUUGGGGCAAUAGUAGAAAUUGAAUUUUAGAACAAAAAAAUUUGCAUAAAAAUUUUUACAAAUGAAUUUUUGUAAUGACGGUGAUUGGUGACUUUUAAAUAAAAUUAAUUUCUGGAAAAUUAAGUGUAGUUAAAAAAAGUGUACUUAAUCUUAAAAUUGAAAGGAAUCAAAUUGAUUCCUUGGGCUAUUUAUUGCACUUAUUAUUGCUGUAUUGGAAUGGAUUGUUAAACAAGCUAAGAAAUAAAGAUCUGCCAGUUAUGCAAACAAGA